AUUUUACAUUUUUUGUCCAGAUUUGUCUGGCUUAUGUCAGUUUAUCUCGCGGAAUCCGACGAUAGCGAUGGAUUGUGAAUCUGAUCCGGCCGUCCAACUUGAAUCAGACACCAUAUAAGAUGCCUUUUUGUGGGUGGGAAAUCAUUUCCAUUUCCAAUUUAGCCAAACAUUGCCUCAGGCUGUGAGCCUGUGACCCCACCGGUCAGUCGGCCACCGCCACCUUUGCGCCAUACUGCCUCCCAUCUCUCUUGUCAAGUCGUCAGCCAGCCAGCCUGCCCCGUCGUGCCUCCACUUUCCCACCAAUUUAACACGAUUCCAAACCACGGACUCCAUCUGGACCGUCCACCAGCGCAUCCCACGGUCACCUCCCGUCCCCACGUUUUUCUUUACACCCACGCAACCACCACCCAACCUCAAGAGAGCACGUCGCGUCGCGGGCUCGCAGCCGAGUUGAUCUGCCGAUCGGCCGGCGGCAUGACGGCGACGUCCAGGGCGCCGCGGCGGCCCCGCGUCCGCGCCCCCGCGCGCGCGCCGCCGCCGACCCCGAUCCGGACGGCGCGCGGCGCGCGCUCCGCGGCGGCCGACGAGCUCGUCCUCGCCGAGUUCCUCGAGGCCUCCCUCCGCGUCCCGGACCUCGCCCUGCCGCCCAAGAUGAGCAGCAGGCGCUCGUUCCGCUACCCCGCGCCGCCCCCGACCCCGGACGUCCUCGCGGGGGCCCUCCUGUCGGGCCCCGACCCGGACGCCGCGCGGACGGCUGUCGGCGCCGCCGCGGAGUCCGGCGCGUUCCGCGUGGGCGGCGCGGUCGAUGCCGGCGAGGUGCGCGCGGCCGUGGAGGCGGCGGAGGCGGUGUUCCGGGCGCCCGAGGAGGUGAAGCGGGAGCUCGGGAGGUGGUUCCGGAGGAGGGAUCGGGUGGCCGGUGAGGAGUUCUACUGGUUCCGGCCGGCGACGGCGAGCUCGGAUGACGACCGGGUGCUCGACGCGGCGCUGCCCGGCUCGACGUACCAGGUGUUGAGGGAAAAGAUGGAGAUUGUUGCAUCCAAAAUGGAGGAUCUUGCACAAUGCGUUAUGAGAGUUCUAUCUGAUAACGCCAGGAAUCCUGAAGACUCUGCUCUGUCUACAGGGGCCGCGUCAAUACUAUGUCUGACACUAUAUAACUGUAACAAGUUGAAAACUCAUUGGAGUGAGUUUGGCAGCACCAAUCCUCCAAACUCGUACGCUUUGAGCAUCCACCUCUCUGGACGAGACCAGGAAAUUUGUCUGCGGAAUCAGAGCGGGUCAACUUUCUUCAGUUUGCCGGCAGGCUCUAUGCUUGUUACAAUCGGCAAGCAGAUUCAGGAAUGGUCCAAUGGGGAGUUCAAGAAUGCUGUUGGUGAGAUACUAUUUGAGCUGACUGAUGAACCAAACCCGUUCAUUUCCCUGGAACUCUUGUACUCACCGGGUCACCUGCGUCUUCCUGAUGUUGGUCGACACGCAAGAUGCAUUGACCAUCCCAAGACUGUUUCUUUCAGGGACCAGAUUUUGGUUGCUCUGGUUCUGCUCGUUUUCUUCUACCUCUUCUGGAGAUAAUUGUACCCAGGUUUGCUCAUUAAUCAUGCCCUCCUUUGUCAAGGCAACGAAGCCGUGAGGUCAAGUGUCCUAGAAGGCUUAUUUUUACAGCUUUUCUUGGACUUAGCUUCCUGUACUUCUUCAUUAAUCGUGGGGGAGAGCACCGCACGGGUGGCGGUGAUGACAGGUAGUUUGAGUUUUUGCCUCUGUGGUUUCAAAUUCAGAUUUUGUUGCUGUUAAACAAUACGUGAUAGAGUGGAUAUCCAACUUGAAGAAAAUGAUACUGGGUGGAUUUUGAUUUGUUGAUUGAGGCUUGAUUUUGCUGUUGAGGUAUUGUUUGGAGGUGAGAUUUUUAUUCUAUUACGAUGGAGGAGUUGUUUGUAAAGGUGCAAAUGUUUUUAUGCUUCACAAAAAUAUAUUACAAUAUAUGAUAUUAUUGCCAUGACCA